UCAAAGACUUUAAACCUUCUUUUAAUUCUUGAAGCUGAACCAAUGGCUGGAAUCACUGGAAUCCUAAAGCUCGAAGCUUGGAGUAUAUUGUGAAGAAGAAUAAGAAUAAGAUUUUCUUUUCUUUUAUUUUCUUUGUUUACCAGAAAAUGGCAUGUGGGAGUAUGAUCGCUAGUAGCUUAGAUCCUGAGAGGAAGCAAAGCGGAGGACUUAGAACAAAACAAGCUGGACGAGGAUCUUGCCGUGGAAGUUAGUCUCUUUUGUUCAUCCCAUUUUCAA